UGGGGAACGCUGAAUGGUCGAGGUUCUCGCUCGACCCUGGGUUUAUUCUGUCUCCCCAUUGGCUGAAAGCGAGAAGACGGCUGCUGUGCGCUGAGGCAGGCGGAUAACGGAGAAGGCUGUUAGAGGGGAGUCCUAAUCGGUAUCCUGAUGGUGCUGCCGAGGGAUAAUAUAGAAUAUAGAAAAGGAAACUUGACCAAAAGAUUUGAAUAAACUCCUUUUGUGGUAGUUGAAAGCAAUGGAUGAGCUUCCGGAACUCUAUGCUAUUUUCCAAGGAGAGAUUGCUUCUGUGACAGAAUAUGGAGCAUUUAUAAAAAUUCCAGGAACCCAAAAACAAGGCCUUAUUCACAAAAGCCAAAUGUCAAACUGUAGGGUGGACAAACCUUCAGAGAUGGUGGAGGUUGGAGAAAAAGUGUGGGUGAAACUUAUAAGAAAAGAGAAGAAAGAUGACAAAUUGAAACUAUCUCUUUCCAUGAAAGUUGUUAACCAAGGAACGGGGAAGGACAUAGACCCCAAUAACAUUGUCCUUGAUCAAGAGGCACGGAAAAAAUGCUCCUUUAGAGAUUAUACCAGUCAAAAGAUCACUCUAGAAGCUGUUUUGAACACUGUGUGUAAGAAGUGUGGUUGUCCAGGUCAUUUCGCAAAAGAUUGCUUCAUGCAGCCAGGAGGGACAAAAUACACCCUUAUACCAGAGGAUGAACCCAUCCCUGCAGAAGAUGAAAAGAAAGCUCACCACUCUAUGAAGAAAAGGAAAAAGAAUUCAUCAAGAAGUUGUUGUUUUUUUCUCCUGACAAGAAUAAAAAGAAAAAAAGGAAACGUAAGAACACAGAUUUGGAGGUUUCUGACACCACCAAUUCUGACAAUGGGAAUCAGCCAGCUCGGAAGAAAGCAAAAUGCAAGAAAAAAGCCAGUCUAUCUCGGAAAAGUAAAAAGAAGCAUCAUAAGAAAAAGCACAAGGAAUGAGAAUGAGUCUCGGACUCUGGGCUGCAUGUGUUUUCAUUGCAGAGUGUGACUUCCAUUCCCUCUGGUCAUCAUUUGGAAAAAAGAACAACUGGACCAGCAGGAUGCAUUAAGAUAACAUGGUUUUUCCUUCUUUGAAAAUUACUUUUGUUUCUCAAGGAUUAUCACAAGGAUGGCUAUUCCCCUCCCAUAAAGUGGAAAGGAAGGAGCAGCCAGCAUGCCACUGGGUGGUUCCUUGUCCCAGAUGUUGACUUCAUGUCUUGUGAAAUCUUGCUCUGUUCUUUCAUUUCCUCAUGCCUGGAUUUUAGCCAGCUUCUUUUGGAGCAACCUAGAGCCAUCUUACAGAAACUUGUAUGGAGCUGGCAGUCGGUACAUUUCCUCACUCAGGGGAGCAGCAAUGUGUUGACUCAGCAUCUGCCAGUUAUUGCCUGCCUACCAGCAGAAGGAUCUGAAUGGUGCACUCUCUCUCCCCUGAAAGAGACACAUUGGUUGAAGAACAGUUCAUGCCACUGCACUCCCGUUGUCCCAUUUGUCCUGUAAUACCGUAGGAGGAAGAAGUCAGGUACAGGAGCAGUUGUCUUAAAAACCGAGAAAUGAGCCAAGUGUUUACCUUUGAACAAUGAAUAAAGUUUUCGUUUGUGGGGUUCUCUUUA